AUGCAGAUGUCACUCAGAAAACUGGGCCCUAUUCCAACAGAGGCCCCUGCUCCAUUAUCCACCCCUUCUGAUCAAGAUGCCAUCGCAGUCGACGAGAUCAAUACCCCGUACAAAGCAAAAGCGGUCGUCCUCAACCGCGCCAUCCAAGAGAUUGGUAUGGGCCGUUACCAGUGGCUGCUGUUUAUCAUAAUCGGCUUCGGUUGGGCAAGCGAUAACCUCUGGCCCAUCGUCACCUCUCUGAUUCUCACGCCCGUGUCGUAUGAAUUUCAUGUUUCCAGACCCCCCUAUCUGACCCUUGCCCAGAAUAUAGGGCUCCUCAUCGGGGCGAUGUUUUGGGGGUUCGGAUGUGACCUGUUCGGGAGACGAUGGGCUUUCAAUCUCACGAUCGGUAUCACGGGUGUGUUUGGGUUGAUCGCUGCUGGCUCCCCUAACUUCGGGGCUGUCGGGACUUUUGCGGCGCUUUGGUCUGUCGGGGUCGGGGGUAAUUUGCCCGUUGACUCAGCUAUCUUCUUGGAAUUUCUGCCAGCGUCGCAUCAGUGGUUAUUGACUGUUCUGUCCAUCGACUGGGCCCUUGCUCAGCUCUUCGCUUCGCUUAUUGCCUGGCCGCUUAUAGGAAACUUGACUUGCAACGAUGACCUGGGAUGUACGAAAUCCCACAAUAUGGGGUGGAGAUAUUUCAUGAUUGUCAUGGGAGGUGUUGCAAUGAUUAUGUUCGUGAUCCGCUUUGUAUUUUUCAACAUAUUCGAAUCGCCCAAGUAUCUCAUGGGGAAGGGGAGAGAUGAAGAGGCCGUGAGAGUCGUGCAUGAGGUGGCUAGAAUUAACGGGAAGACAUCAACCUUGACGAUUGAAGACCUGGAGGAGUGUAGCCGCGGCAACGAGCAUGAGUCACAGGGACUUAGCAAUGUCGGGAUCCUCCGUGAGAGACUCGAAAAAGUGAACCUUGCACACAUAAGGGCACUAUUCGAAUCGCCAAAACGCGCAUUUGCGACGUCGUCAAUUGUCCUUGUGUGGGCAUUGAUUGGGCUGGGCUUCCCUUUGUACAAUGCCUUUCUCCCUUACAUCCAGCAGAUGAAGGGCGCAGAGUUCAGGGAUGGGUCCAUAUACAUUACCUAUCGAAACUCCGUUAUAAUUGCCGUCCUAGGCGUCCCAGGUUGUAUCAUCGGGGGAUUCUUAGUUGAACUACCUCGAUUUGGGAGAAAGGGAACCCUUGCGCUAUCCACAGUAGCGACGGGUGCGUUUCUGCUGGCUUCCACAACUGCAACAACAUCAGACGCAUUGCUUGGUUGGAACUGCGCCUACAACUUCAUGAGCAGCAUGAUGUAUGCUGUUCUAUACGCUUAUACGCCAGAAAUUUUCUUGACCAAGGACCGUGGCACGGGAAACGCCCUGACUGCAUCUGCGAAUCGCAUCUUGGGUAUUGUGGCUCCAAUCAUUGCAAUGUUUGCAAACCUUCAGACAUCGGCUCCGGUAUACGUAAGUGGGGCUUUGUUCAUCGUUGCUGGACUUCUGGUUAUUAUAAUUCCUUAUGAGCCGAGAGGCAAGGCUAGUCUUUGAGAAAUGGAAUACCACCCAUGCUGUUGUAAAGUAGCUAGAGUUGGUUGAGACGCCUUGUUUGGGUUAUCAAUAAUAAACCAGGAUUCAGC